AUGCCCAAGAAGACAACGGCGGCCAAAGCAGCCAAAAAGGCAAAAGCUUUACAAAAAGUGGAGAAGAAGGAGACCAAAGACGCCUUGAAGGAAAAGGGAAAGUCCAAAUCUAAAUCUAAGAAAGGCAACGAUUCAGAUUCGGACGGCGAUGAUCUUGAAGGAAUACUGGAAAAGAUGCGUAAAGAAUGGGAACUUGCACAUACAGUUACGGAGGAAUUGGUUGAAGGUCCACCAAGCCGCAGAGCCAAUGCGACUCUGACUGCAUGCCCGAAUGGCAAUCACCUAUGGUGUAUUGGCGGAGAGUUCUUCGGCGAAGACGGAAAAGCUUACUUCUAUAAUGACACAUUUAGAUAUACUCCGGAGAAGGAUGAAUGGCGUAAAUUCAUUUCACCUACAUGUCCCGGUCCAAGAUCUGCACAUGCUGUUGUAGCCUCACCUGGAGGAGGGGGCAAACUAUUUUUAUUCGGCGGUGAAUUUUCUUCUCUUCAUCAGAAUUCGUUCCACCAUUAUCGUGAUUUCUGGUGUUUCGAUAUAUCGACACACUCUUGGGAACGCAUUGACACGAAAGUACGCCCUACAGCGCGAUCUGGACACCGUAUGGCCGUUUGGAAGCACUUGAUCAUCCUAUUUGGGGGUUUUUAUGACCCAGGAAUCACCACUCGGUAUCUAAACGAUCUUUGGGUUUUCGAUACCCAAGAAUAUAAAUGGACUUUAAUUGAGAUGAAGUUGACAGACUCGAGGCCUUCACCUCGCAGUGGUUUUUCUUUUCUACCCUGCGCUGACGGAAUCGUCUUACACGGUGGAUAUUGUAAAGAAUAUGCUAAAGGAAAACGACCUGUAGGGAUCAUGCUGGAAGAUACCUGGUUAUUGAAAAUAACAGAGGAGACUCCUCCCACGCCAUCCACGAGCACAAAAACACCUACGACAUCAACCAAAUCGAAGCCCUCAACGUCAAAAAACUCGUUCAGUAUGCCAACUUUCAAAUGGGAAAAACGCAAGCGACCGUCGGACGCGUAUGCCCCUUGUCUCCGUAGCGGUUGUACCAUGACACUUUGGGCAGCGAAAUCCAUGGGUAUUCUUUUUGGAGGUGUGACCGACGAGGAUACGAGCGAGGAGAGAUUAGAUAGCGUGUUUUGGAACGACCUAUACGGAUAUAAUCUGAAUGGGAAGGGUAAAUGGAUAAGCAUGACGCUGAAGAAGCCAAAGGCGAAGGGCGGCAAGGGACAGGCGAAGAAACAAGUGAAGAAGAAAGACAAAUGGGACAGCGAUGAUGAGGGCGACCCGUUGACCGAACAAGGGGCUGGGGGACCUGUGUCUUUACCUCCCGCCUCGGCUGACAAGGACAUAGGCGUCGAAGACCCGCUCCUGACUGUUCCAAUGCCUCGCUACAACACGAUGCUCGCCGUGCUUAAAAACACGUUGUACAUAUAUGGCGGAAUCAUUGAGAAAGGGUCCCGCGAAUACACACUAGAUGAUUUUCACGCUCUACAGCUGGAUAAAAUGGAAAGAUUCAUCUGCUUGAAGAAACCUGAAGUGGUCAUACCAGAAGGCGAGCAAGAAAGCAGCAGUGACGAAGAUGAAGACGAAGAUGACGAUGACGAAACGGAAGACGAAGAGGAUGAAUAUGAUGAUGAUGAUGAUAUUGAGACUUUGGUCGGGGCAGAUGAAACGUCGGAAUUCAAGCUUGGCGAAGAUAUGGCCACGAUAUACGAUGAACCUGAGGUCAUCAAGAAAGUCGGGGCUGUUUUGGAUUAUCUCUCUCUCGCUGAUGAGAAUUUUUUGGACAAACAGGAUGAGAAACCUUCCGUGGAUCCCUCGAAAGACGGGCAGGAACGUCCUGCGGAAGAUGCUAAAAAUACACCGCUCCCAGGAGAGACUCUGGCUAUGUUUUACGCACGUUGCAGAGACUACUGGACCCAGGAAGCCAUGGGAAGUGACGAUUUGGACCGAAAGCAGCUCCGUCGCGUAGCAUUUUCUCUAGCGAAAGAACGUUACGAUGAGUACAAGCCGAUGCAAAAAGAGAUAGAAAAGAUAUUGGAAGAAGCUGGUCUGGACGAGGAGGAAAUGAGGAGAGGUGCUGCCGCUGGACCGACCAACACAAGCGGCACAAGUCGAAAUAGACGAUGA